AUGGGAAUCAGCUAUAUCGUUAUUGGAACAAUAGGUGGUAUAUUUAAUAUUCUACUCUUCACGAGACGCUCCCUAAGAGUUUUAUCGCCGUGCAUUCCCCUUAUGCUCGCAGCUAAUGUCGCCAAUAUGAUCAAUCUCUAUUCGUACAUUCCAUUACGUACACUUGUUGGCUUUCAAAUUACGCUCGUUUUUUAUUCAUCAAUCGCCUGUAAACUCCAAUUUUACCUGUUCUAUACAUCAGUUUGCGCGUCUACUUGGUUUAUGGCAACUUGCUGUGUUGAUCGAUUCUUUUCAUCAUCGCCCAAUGUUAGUGCACGACAGUAUAGCAAUAUGCGUAAUGCAUAUCGAAGUAUUUUAGCCAUUACUAUUUUUAUUCUUGUCUUUUGGUCGGAAGUAUUCUACUGUUUCGAUGCCAAUCAAAUCGGCAAACCUGGACCAUGUUAUACACGAAACAACGUAUGUGCUAUUUUCGAUACGAUAUUUGCCUAUAUUUUCCAGGCGAUUGGACCACCUAUAUGUAUGAUUAUCUUUGGUAUUGGUACAUUCAUUCAUAUUCAUCAAGGACGACGAAUACGACCCACGCAGAUGAGUAUUGAAAUGACAGAGACUACCAAUAGGAGAGAAACCAGUAAUAUUGGAGAUGUACGUGGCAAGAAUCGAUCCAUCUUACGCAUGCUUAUUGGGCAACUUCUUCUCUAUAUCGUAUGCACUAUGCCUCUUCUCAUAUUCAAACUUUAUAUAGCACUACCAUUGACGAUAGACAAGAGUAACUUACGUCGUUCUGUCGAAAAUCUCAUUCUUAACAUAAGCAUCUUUCUUCAAUUGAUUGACAAAACGUUUGCAUUUUUUAUUUACACAGCGACCAGCAAGUAUUUUCGUCAGGAAUUCAUCAAACUAUUUAAACAUCAUGAUCGUCACAGGCACGUAUAG